CAUAAGCAUCUGUCCAAUGGUUUAUAUCUCGUUUUUGCUUGCGAAAAAAAAAACCAUUAAUCUUUGAUAGCCAUGGAUCUCGAUCUUUCCCCACAGUUGGCGAAGAAGGUGUACGGCGGAGAUGGCGGCGCUUACUACGCGUGGUCACCGGAGGAGCUCCCAAUGCUCCAACAAGGCAACAUCGGCGCCGCCAAGCUUGCUCUGGAACAGUAUGGCUUUGCUCUUCCUCGUUACUCUGAUUCCGCCAAGGUCGCAUAUGUUCUUCAAGGUUGUGGCGUUGCUGGAAUUGUCCUUCCUGAGAAAGAAGAGAAGGUUAUCUCCAUUAAGAAGGGAGAUGCCAUUGCUCUUCCAUUUGGUGUCGUUACGUGGUGGUAUAACAAGGCAGAGACAGAGCUUGUUGUGCUCUUCCUCGGUGACACCAAAACGGCACAUAAACCUGGUUCGUUCACCGACUUCUUCUUGACGGGUCCUAAUGGCAUCUUCACUGGCUUCUCAACCGAGUUUGUGUCAAGGGCAUGGAAUGUGGACGAAACCAUUGUGAACAAGCUGGUUAAUAGCCAGUCUAGCAAGGGCAUUGUCAAACUUGAUCCCAGUUUCAAGAUGCCCGAACCCAACCCGGCCCACAGGAACGGCAUGGCUUUGAACUGCGAGGAAGCUCCCUUGGACGUCGACAUAAAAGACGGUGGCAAAGUUGUGGUUUUGAACACCAAGAACUUGCCUUUGGUUGGCGAGGUCGGACUGGGUGCUGAUCUGGUCAGGUUGAAUGGGAACUCCAUGUGCUCCCCGGGCUUCUCUUGCGACUCUGCACUACAGGUGACAUACAUUGUCAGAGGGAGCGGACGAGCUCAGGUGGUUGGUGUCGACGGUAAGCGCGUCUUGGAAACCACAGUCAAGGCGGGGCACCUUUUCAUUGUUCCAAGGUUCUUUGUCGUCUCUAAGAUUUCGGAUCCAGUUGGGUUGGAGUGGUUCUCCAUCAUCACUACCCCUAAUCCGGUUUUCACUCAUUUGGCGGGGAGGACGUCGGUGUGGAAGGCGUUGUCGCCUCAAGUGCUUCAGGCUGCUUUCAAUGUUCCUGAAGAUGUGGAGAAGGAGUUCAGCUCGAAGAGGACUGCUGAGGAGAUUUUCUUCCCACCACCAAACUGAUUGGUUGAUUGCUCUGUGAUUUUGGAUCCUAAUAUUUUCUUUUACUUGCCUUAGCAAAUUUAGCAAUAAUAAUGAUAUAGUUAGCUUGUUGGAUUUUAUCUGCUGGUUUUUUUCUAGAGUUUGGGAGCAUGGAAGAAAAAUAAAUUGUUCCCUGGCAAAAUUCUUGUUCAUGUCUUUUGGUUAUUCCAUGUCUUUGGCAAAAGCUGUUCUUCUGGUCUCAAAGAUCAAUCUUUUAUCCAAGUAGAACUCAAUUUUAUGAUCAUCUCCAACUUCUAUAAAUGUCAAUACUAAAUUACAUAGAUUGAG